CCAUCCUGAUAACUGGAUUAGGUGUAAUGUUGCGUAUAAAUAGAGUAUGUCUGAUGCAGAUUGAUUUGCAAUUGGCUGAAGGCACUUCAGCGGUCGACACAGAUCCAGUGAGGAGCGGCUAAUUCAGCUGGCCUCUGCAAAGAUUUACUUAGACCUACUUGAAAAUCUGUUUUCGAACACAUCUCUUAAUUUUCCAAACUAACUAUGGCCCUAAACAGCACGCUUACUGCUUCUUUUGAUGCAUUUCGGUCAGACCGGCGUAUGAUGGGAUGGAAUACACCCGAAGACUACAUGUCCUACGUUCAUCCGUAUUGGAAGACGUUCGAAGCCCCUAACCCAUUUCUUCACUACACUUUGGGUUUCUUCUACAUCAUCUUCAUGUUCUGUGCUUUGAUGGGAAACGGUGUUGUUAUCUGGAUCUUUACAAGCUGCAAGAGUUUACGGACGCCAUCCAACAUGCUAGUCGUAAAUUUAGCCAUUCUGGAUUUUAUCAUGAUGUUGAAAACUCCCAUUUUCAUCAUGAAUUCCUACAACGAAGGCCCAAUUUGGGGAAAGCUGGGUUGCGACAUCUUUGCUCUGUUGGGAAGUUAUAACGGAAUUGGAUCGGCAAUGAACAACGCCGCUAUUGCCUACGAUCGCCAUCGUACCAUAGCUCGUCCAUUGGAUGGCAAACUGACUCGCAAGCAAGUGACAUUGAUGAUUGUCGCUAUCUGGGCCUGGGCAACACCCUUUUCCGUUAUGCCAUUUUUGGGCAUCUGGGGAAGAUUUGUUCCAGAGGGAUUCCUUACGACUUGUACCUUCGAUUACAUGACGGAGGAUUCUUCGACCAAGUUUUUCGUCGGCACCAUCUUCUUCUACUCUUACAUCAUUCCUCUAGCAUUGCUCAUUUUUUACUACUCAAAAAUUGUGCAAUCUGUCGGCGAUCACGAAAAGACUCUUCGCGAUCAAGCCAAGAAAAUGAAUGUUACUUCGUUGCGCAGCAACCGCGACCAGAAUGAGAAAUCCGCUGAAGUCCGCAUUGCCAAAGUUGCCAUUGCAUUGGCCACAUUGUUCGUUGUCGCUUGGACUCCUUACGCCUUCGUGGCACUCACAGCUGCGUUUGGAAACAGGAGCGUCUUGACGCCUCUCAUGUCCAUGAUACCGGCCUGCUGCUGCAAAGGAGUAGCUUGCAUCAACCCGUGGAUGUAUGCAAUUAAUCAUCCUCGUUAUCGUAUGGAGCUGCAAAAGAAAAUGCCCUGGUUCUGUGUUCACGAACCGGCUCCUACUGACGAUUUAAGCCUUGGCUCGGCUACUACGGAGAUGUCAGGUGUCGUCAAGGAAACCUCAUCGUAAAACCUGCAACAUUUUCAACAAUUUGACAUGGAGCGAAACUGGAUUAUGAAACGAUUAUGCACUCAUCUUAGUAAGACAGAACAUAGUUAACAUCAAUAGUUGAAUGAAUAGCCCACUUUAUAUAUUGGUUGAAAUACGAAUAAACAAACCCAGCAUAACAAAUAAAUGAA